AUGGAUAGUGGUGAUGCGGCAUGGCUAGGAGGUAUUAGUGAAUACAAUUCUUCCGUUGUUCAGUUUGCUUUACCUAUUAUUGUUCAGGAGACUCGAGCCGCCGACUCCUUUUCCUCUCUAUCCUUUAUCCGUCUCUCUCACACGCUGGCGUCAUCAUCCAGGAGAACUAGCGGAUCGGUGCUCUCUUCCCGGAGAUCUACCUCGCCGGGUGGUGGCUCCUCCGCCUUCGCCUCCUCUUCCUCCAGUUUUACUUCCCGAGCCACUGCUACCUUGUUCGACCGCCACUAUCAGCGCCAUCGUGCCGCCUCACCAACCCGCGUGCAUCUCUACGGCGCCUCCCCUCCCCAUCCUCCUGCGGUACGCUUCUCCCUCGAUCGUUCCACUUCUCCUGGUCGUUCCCUCUCCGUUCUCGACAAGCGUUCCCCUUCGGCUGCCGCCUCCCCUGUACGCCGCACCUGUCUUUGCUCCCCCACCACCCACCCUGGAUCCUUUCGCUGCAGCCUCCACAAGGGCAACCGAUACCAAACCGCUUCCUUUGCCUCUCAGGCGAACCGUCUCAACGCUUGCCGUUCUGCCAUGAAAAACUCACUGGUCCGUAUCGGAGCCGUCGAGGGCGAUUGGGUGAAGCGUGCGCUCUCCGCCCUCAUUCGCCCUUCAUCCCACCAGCAGCGCCGCCGGUGUGACUUCCUACCUCGCCCCAGCCCCCUCUCCCGCAUGUCCAAAGCCGGCGAUCCGUAGAUCGACAGAUCUCAAAUCAGGUUCGUUAAAAAAAUUGGAAAAAUAAAAAUCCGUUCUAAUCUUUCACCAGAGAUUCUUCAUCGACCGGCCGAUGCUGAUCGGAGAGGAAGGUUGGAGUUUUUUUUUGCUGAUUUUUCCCAUUAAAUAAAAAAUUGUACCAAAAACAGCAGGCUGAUCUGCUCCGUCCAUUUGUAUAUGCUUUUCUGCUGCCGUCGAUGCUGCCUAAUGAACAAGCACAUCGGAAUAGAAUUGAGGACGACAUAUCAGAACACCAAAGAUAUUAAACAUCUUGAAAACUAAUUAAUUCUACGAUCAAUUAUCUUAAUCAAUAUCGACAACCUGGAAUGUAACGCUGAUCAUUCGGUUGUGUUGCAGCAGGUUGUGAUGUUAUAGUACGAUGCGAUCUGGGGCUUACCGUGAGGCGUCGUCCUUGCUACACCAAUCGGAUUCCGUCGACUCCAUCUAACUGACGUCAUAGCCGUCAUCUGCGUGUUUAUUUUUAUUACAUUCAGGAAAUUGCGCCGUUAAAUCUUAAUGCGGCACUUCUUAGAUGCAAUAAAAUCCUGCAUCACGCUCACAUAAAAUAAUAAUUUGCUGGUGACAGCUGGAAGUCAUUUAUUUUGGCAAUGGUGGGGUCGAAGUUCACCUACGCCAAUGACAUAAUUGUAUUAAUAAUUAUUUAGAUACGAGGAAUUUAUUCCUUUUAAAAUGGGAGGAAUUUAUUUCUUACGAAAA